AAUAACCGUAGUGAUUGCAUAGUGAUACGCCACCGAGCCGGUAACGUUACGUGUAGAGCCGCUUUAAAAACAUUCCCGCAUCCGUCCACAACGACAAGUUUAGCAUUCAACACGUGUCGCGCGAGUGAUGAAGAGAAAGAGAGAGAGAGGUUGCUAGGUGACGGGGCGUAUAUACUGAAUUUUAACAAAAUAACUGGAGAGAGAGAGAGAGAGAGAGAGAGAGAGAGAGAGAGAGAGAGAGAGAGAGAGAGAGAGUCAGCAACAUGUAGGCAGGCUGAGUAAAGAGAGGUCGAGACUGUGUGUACGUACGGUUUUUUUUUUCUUUUUCACCCAGAGUAACACACCGGGUGGAUACGUCGUGGAAAUGGGCAGCCGUGGAUUGGAUUUACCGGGGACGAAGUGCCGCAGGGAGGACAGAGUAUCCGGAUCCUGAGAAAACAGUUUUGUUCCUGCAUAAAGCGCCAGCUACCCAAGUGACUCUCUGCCCUUGUCAUGGCAUCAAGGCCCGUCCUUUCAUUCCUGUUGGCUGUUCUGGCGUGCACUGGGCCGGCUCAGCCCUCCCCCCCACUGCUGCUCCGCCCCCGGGAGAGAGAGAGGGAUUCGGGAGGGGCUUCGGGCGGAGUCAACAUCGCUGUGGUCCACUCCGGCUCCUCCCACCUCCCGGAAACGAGCGCUGGGGUGGGGGGUAUGGGUGGCGCCUCGACGGCAGGCUCUGGCUCCGGUGCCGGGCCAAGCAGCAGCUCAGGGACGGGCGUUCUGAGUCGGGCCUGGUCUGGACAAGUGGGUGAGAGCGUGAUGACGCCUUGGGGACCGGCUAAUGUGAUCUGGCUGGCCGUGAACGAGAGCAGUCCUGGGAGCCUGUUGCUACAGUUGUGUGAAUUACUGGCUACCACACCGCUUCAAGGGCUUGUGUUUGAGGAAGAGAAGCCACCACCGCCCACCCGGGCACCAUUAGCACCUAUGCUGGAGUUUGUUUCGGCCCAGACAGGUGUACCUGUCAUUGCUGUGGGGGGAGGAGCUGGCCUGGGGAGGGAGCCACAGGAAAGCGGCUCCGUGUACCUGCAGUUCUCUUGCGCCACUUCCCUGCAACUGGAAGUUAUUUUUGAAGUUCUGGAGGAGUUCGAUUGGACGGCGUUCUCAGUGGUCACCACACGCCACCACGGAUAUGAAGAUUUUCUGGCCAUGGUAGAGGGCACGAUAGAUGGCUCCUUCAUCGGUUGGGAUAGAAAGAGCGUGGUAAUGCUUAACCUGACCGAUGACCCGGGAGGUGCUCGUGCCCGCAGACUGCUGAAGGAGAAUGAAGCACAGGUGCGACUCCUGUAUUGCUCACAGGAAGAGGCGGAGCACAUUUUUAAGGCAGCAUGGGCAUCAGGUCAGGCGACCCCCUCCCACAUGUGGUUUGCAGUUGGACCAGGUCUAUCAGGACUAGGUCUGGAAGGUCUACCCAAGGCUCUGUUUGCAGUGCGACCCCAGGGAUGGAGGGACGAACCCCGGCGGCGUAUCGCAAAGGGAGUGUCGGUGCUGACGCAUGGCGCCAUGGCUUUACGUAGGGAGUACGGUGGGGCUAGAGGGACGAGUUUUGCCGGAAACUGUGUGAUGGAUGGAAACCAAACUCGGAGGGUGCCGGAUAGGAUCAGGUUCUUCAGUAACAUAACUCUAUCCGGCCGGGACUAUUCCUUCAAUAAUGACGGUUAUCUGGCAAAUCCGCUCUUGGAUGUUAUCUCCUACACUGCAGGAAGAGGCUGGGAGGAGGUAGGUUGGUGGGAGAACGGAGUGCUGCGUCUGCGUUACCCGCCCUGGUCCCGUUACGGCCCUUUUCUCAAGCCUCUAGAUGAUUCCCAGCACUUACGUGUGGUCACGCUAGAGGAGAGACCCUUCGUUAUCGUCGAACCCGCUGAUCCUGGUACGGGCUCCUGUAUCAGAGACUCCGUGCCGUGCCGUCUGCCACUCAACACCAGUAUGGUUGUCGAGGGCAUUCAAUCCAUGAAACACUGCUGCAAAGGCUUCUGUAUUGAUGUUCUCAAGCGCCUGGCUAAAAUAGUGGGCUUCACCUAUGACCUCUAUCUGGUGACCAAUGGCAGACACGGAAAGAACAUAGAUGGAGAGUGGAAUGGAAUGGUCGGGGAGGUGGUGUCGAGGCGGGCAGACAUGGCGAUUGGCUCCUUGACUAUUAAUGAAGAGAGAUCAGAGGUCGUGGAGUUUUCUGUACCGUUUGUAGAGACCGGCAUCAGUGUCAUGGUCUCUCGUAGCAAUGGCACUGUUUCACCAUCUGCCUUCCUUGAGCCAUACAGUCCAGCUGUGUGGGUGAUGAUGUUUGUCAUGUGCCUAUCUGUGGUAGCCGUCACCGUCUUCAUAUUCGAAUUCUUCAGCCCUGUCGGAUAUAACCGAAGCUUACAGAGCGGGAAGAAGGUAGGAGGUUCGAAGUUCACCAUAGGCAAGUCUAUCUGGCUGCUGUGGGCUUUGGUUUUUAAUAACUCUGUUCCCGUGGAGAACCCAAGAGGCACCACCAGUAAGAUUAUGGUGCUGGUUUGGGCAUUCUUUGCUGUCAUCUUUCUGGCCAGCUACACUGCUAACCUGGCAGCCUUCAUGAUUCAGGAGGAGUACAUCGACACCGUAUCUGGCCUCAGUGAUAAGAAGUUCCAGCAGCCGACUGAUCAGUAUCCCCCCUUGCGCUUCGGCACCGUCCCAAACGGAAGCACUGAGGAAAACAUACGAAGCAACUAUCCCAACAUGCAUCAGUACAUGGUGCGACACAAUCAGAGAGGUGUAGAAGAGGCCAUCGACAAUCUUAAGACCGGAAAACUGGAUGCCUUUAUAUAUGAUGCAGCUGUCUUAAACUACAUGGCUCGCAAGGACGAGGGCUGCAAAGUGAUGACCAUCGGAUCUGGUAAAGUGUUUGCCACUACAGGAUAUGGCAUUGCGUUACAUAAGAAUUCCCGCUGGAAACGACCGCUGGACCUUGCACUGCUACAGCUGGUUGGAGACGAUGAGAUCGACAUGCUUGAACGGCUUUGGCUCUCUGGAAUCUGCCACAAUGAUAAGAUCGAGGUCAUGAGUUCCAAGCUGGACAUAGACAACAUGGCUGGAGUCUUCUAUAUGCUUUUGGUGGCAAUGGGCCUAAGUUUGUUGGUGUUUGCAUGGGAGCACCUUGUCUACUGGAAGCUCCGUCACUGUAUGGGACGUUCUGGAGGACUGGACUUCCUGCUGGCUUUCAGUCGGGGAAUGUACAGCUGCUGCAAUUUUGAGGACGAAACAGCUCCUGGAGGUUCCCAAAGCACACUUUCUCAAUAUCAUCAUGUCUCUACAAUUCCUCCUCCCCCACCUCAUGUGAUCUCUACAUCUGUGGCCAAUCCCCCCAUCCCUAUGGCACAACAACAGCAGCAGCAGCAGCAACAACAGAAACAACACCACCAGCAGCCGCCGCCAUUAUACAACGCCCUUCUCCCUGGCUCAGCUCCAUCAGGUGGACAUUCUGGCAUGGCUCUAGGGCCAUCAAACAGUCCCAUUCUUGGAGCGCCAAUGCCUUGCUCUACAUUCCUACCACGCCAUGAUCGGAGAUUAGCUGUGGUGGAUCGGUGGACGCGUCCGAAGGUGGGCCCUGAGAAAGCUAGUGGUGUAAACAGUGGGAUUACAGACUUAACACAAUUCCAGAGUAUGCCCCCUCACUGGGGUACAGGAGUAAGUGGAGGGGAGGGGAGUCUGGAUGAGUACAAGAGAUACUAUGGCCCAAUUGAUCCUGAGGGUUUAGGGGUCUCUGCAGACUCACAAACUAUAGUAACUCAAACUCCAAAAACUAAGCAUCGAGGGACAAAAUCCACUGUAAACCCAAGGGAACAAGCUAAAGGUCAAGUGCCCCCUGGGCACUUACCCAUUAACCCUACUUUACCACAUCCCACUUCACCUCAACAGUUCUUAUGGAGGAGAAGCAGCUUCUCUAAAAGGAAGGGCUCAGGGGGCCCAUUAUAUGAAAACAUCCUUCCCCUUGGAAGGAGAGGUGGUGGCAGGCAUGGAAUGAGAGAUGGGGGUAGCAGAAGGGGACGUCGCCCUCCUCCCCUUCCUCUACCUAUACCUGUUCCCCUCUGUUCCCCCACCCAAACUCCCCCCUCACCUUCUCCAUCUGUUUGCUACACAACUACAUCUUCUAGCAGUUCUAGCACCUCCAGUUCAUCCUCUUCCUCAGAAUCAGUCUCACGAUCCAAUUCUCCUUCUUCUUCAUCUUACACAUCAUCACAGAGUUUCAGGUACCGGGAAAAUGUGUAUGAGGAUUAUGACACAGAGCUUACAGAGGAGUCAAGCUUGCUUUUGGGGAAAAGAAAAAGUCGUUCACGUAUGUCCUCUCGAUCGCUGCCCAGCAGUCCUCCACCACCACCAAUACCACCACGCAAACCUUGCCCACAGAAAGCGCAGAUGCGAGACAGGGCAGGCAGUCAGCUCGCUCAACUUCAAGAGUGGUGGGCAUCUUGGGGAGAGAAAGAAAAGAACAGAAGAACAGUUGGUGACAGAGAAGUUAAGGAGGAGAAACGACAUCACAAGGAGAGGGAAAGAGAGAGAAAGAGGAGGAAGAAAGGUAGAAAGAAAAAGAAAAGAGAAGAGCGUGAAAGAGAAAGGGAGCGUAAAAGACGUAAAGUGAAGAAGAAAAAGAAAAAAGAGGAGAAAUCCAGAAGAAAGGAAAGAGAAAGGCGAUCUGAGCAUGAAGAGGGAGAUGUUGACAAGAAAGAUGUUUUUGAAAAAGUUGUAGGACAGGAAUACACUUCAUAUCCUGCAUUAAGGCGAAGCUCUUUUCGAAAAAAGAGUGAAAGCUCUACAAGGAGUUAUGAUUGGGAUAUUACCAGGGAUGGAGUAAAGAGAGAGAGGGAUGAUCAAGGAGCUGAGGAUGAAGAGGGAAGUAGGGGAAAGGAAAGGCAUCACAGAAGUCCUAAAUCACAUCGCCACUCCAGGCCAAGGUCUAGCAACAAACAUUAUUCCACCUCAAACAAACCUUCUUCAACUGUCAAAUUUUGGGCUAGUGGCAACCCAACUUCAGAGUCACCAUCAACUUUUGUACCCCUGCUUCCACUUUCUAAAAGACGAAAAUCUGUUGGAGCUGAGAGAGAUGAACGAGUAAGAGGUGGAGAGAGUCGCCCCCUCUUGGGAAAGAAUGAGAUGGGUAAAGCUUGUUCGAGAGAAGGGCUGUCAUUUCACGAAUGGGAUUCUGAGGACCAGGAAGAGUCAGAGGUGGAAAGAAGAAGACCAGAAGAACAGGGGAGACGAAGAGAAAGUCGAACAAUGGACUCAGAGUCCGACAGGGAUAGAGAAAAAACUGUUGAGAUAUACACAGAUGAUGAAGGUUCCUCAGGAGAGUUUGGUAAGUUUGAGAGAUAUUGGGAGGGUCACGAAGGAAGAGCAGUUGGAGGCAUUGGUGGAGGAGGAUGGUUUUUUGGCACUUACCCUGCCAGAGAGAGAGGAGGAAGUAUAAAUAGUAGAGAUGACUCAUAUUUGGGAUGGGGUGGUGGAGAAAGCAGCUUGGGGUUUGGAACAGGAUGGGGAUCAGGAGGCUUAGGAAACCAGCGGCCUCCCGCUCCAUUAACUCCUCCUCCCCCUCGAAGAUAUUGGUCUGUAGACAAGUUACCACUUAAGACUGAAAAGAAAUCUAAAAGCAGAUCCCAAGAAAAGAGUCGUGGACACACGUCUUGUUCCUGCCAGUCGCCCCAUCACUCUGCCAGCACUCACUCCAAAUGGAAUCGAGUGACUUCUCGGAGUCAGGAGGAGCUACUUCCCCACUGCCACAGUUUCAGCAGCAGUGUAAGGCCCAAACGGCAAUCGUCCAAACCAGAUCGGGUUCAGAGCCAAGCAAAAUCUGGAAGCCAGUCCAACCUCAAUGCACAAAGGUCGCAGCGUUCAGACCGGUCUCGACAACCACCAUCUCCUCCUCAGAGUCUACCACCAUCGUUGCCCACUCCAAUGGUCCCUGCACUCCCGGCACCCCCAACGUCCUCUCAUCAUAUACAUGUUCCUCCACCUACCUCCUCCUCCUCAGUUUCAUCGCCUUCAGUUGUCUCAUCCACUCCCGGUGCACCACAGCCCUCUUCUCUAUCCUCCUCUAGUGCUAAGCUUCAGUAUCAGAAACUGCGGUCUGUACCCCAAAGGUAUCAAUCCCCACAUCUUCCCCUUAAAACCAAGAGUCUGUGCUCUCGUCGAGGCUCUGCCCAGUUCUCCAGUGUGGAGAGUGAGGUCUGAGAAACAUAAUUAAAUGAGGAACAUCAGCAAGCAGCCUCAAUGGGCAAUCAAAUCACAUGCUCAUGCUACAAACUGUUAACUGUUCAUAACAGUUGGGUUGUUUUCGCUGGCACCCUCCUCUUGCACAAAGCUAUAAUGCUCCUGGAUUGGAUUGGAAUGACAUUUAAAUUGUAGCCCUUUCUCUUUACUGGUGUAAGAGUGGUACUGCCAUGCUGACAAAUUUUGUUGAUGUUAGCAAGGGUAUUCAUAUGGCUAUUUCCUCUUAUUUUAGGGGGGCUUUUAGGUGGCAUGUCAAUAAUAUGGGUAAAUGUGAUUUUUCUUUUUUUUUGGAGUGUUUUGCUGCUCGGUGGCUCAGGAACGAUUUUUCAAGGGGAGAUUUCGAGGUCAAAAUACACAGUCCUAAUGCCCCACCCCAUCUUCUUUUGCUCUCAAAGUUAAAUCAUGGCAUUAUUGUUAUGCAUAUGUUCAAUAUAUCUCAAGGGAAGCAUUCACAAAGGAAAGUAGCAAUCCAUUCUCUCUUUUCUGAGCAUAUUCCUUGACCUCCACCUCCUUCCACAAACUAACAUAUUCCAUUCUGUGUGUUGUUGUCAGUGUUCGUAAACCUGGAAACAGGGUAAGUUAGCCAUGACUGAUCACACAAUGGCUUACAGAAGCUGAAUGCCAAACUUAAGUGGAGCUGAUGUACUGUCCUGUUACACUGAAAUCAUUACACAGGUCCUCAUGAUUCAUUCAUUUCCCUUGAGCAAUACAUAAUUAACUACAAACGACAUUCAAUACAUAUAUUUUAUAUUAUAAAGUUAUUUUAUUAUAUAUGUACAUAUAUAUAUAUAGUAUGUUUUGUGAUCUGGUUUAAAAUAGUUGUGUUCAGUUAUUAAAAAUAUAAGCACUGUGCUGUAUUACAGUAGGGCACAUCUUUCAACUACCUAUAAUCGGUGGCAGCCCUUCCCCUCUUGACUGAAUGUACAUGUCGCCAUGACAACACAGUGUGCUGCAACCAAGAAGACACUUUUAAGAUCGUAGCUUUCUGGAGAGACACCUUUUUGUCAGAGCCAGUUAGGGUAGUUUUGAAUGAUGAUGUUUGGAGUGCAAGUAAGACAGGGCUAGCCAUACUGCAACACUGUAGUCACUAACAACAAUGUCAGUGAGCGACAAAAGACAUGUCAUUUUUCAGAGAGCGAUAAGUGAAAAAGAGCGCUGUUUACAGUUGAACACUGUGUUUUUACACCGUUUUUUACAAGCUGCUCUGUUCUGUCAUUUAUAAGGCUCAGACAUGAUAUUCAUACUUGCUUAGCAAGUUUGCUUACAAUAUACCGUGUAAGUAGCAGCAAGGUACAACUAGUCAAUUGAGAACAAUUGUAAGUUAUGCUUUUCAGACAUAUCUGUUAUUUAGAAAGUAAGCCAGAUUUCUCUUUUCGAGUUUUCUGUUAACUGUGAGGAAAAUACUGAUAAUCAGGUGGUUUGGUUUUGCUUUCAUCAUUAGCCUAAAGCUAGCAUAUUUGAAGUGAUUGCUAUAAUUGACUGUGAAUAUUGCUAAGGGCAUAUACGUGUUGGCAGCAGGUCUGAGUCAAUUAUGUUUUAUUUUAUUUAUUUAUUUAUAUUGCAUUUAAAACACAUGUGGCCUCUCUGUGUUUAAUGUUUUUUGUGUUUUUUAGGUUUAGAUUACUAGGUUGAUUACUGAUGUUUUUUUUUUCUUGUAUGUUGACUUGACACUUGGGUUAGGGGUCCAACUCCUAGAGCUCUCAAGCUACCAAAACCACAGAACUUAACACAGUCCCUCAGGCUAUUCAGUUUUUUUAGACUAAUCAGAGCCCCUAAGGGGACAUGGAGCAAAAAUUAAAUAAAGUUUAGUUUUGCGUGCCUUCACGUGAAACUAUUGCGUGCGUACAUGAAAUUUCGCGUGCUUACGUGAAACAUUCGCGAGCACACUUGAAACUAUCUAACUUUUGCUUUCACGUGCGUACGCGAUAGUUUCACGUGCAUGCACGAAAGUUUCACGUAAGCACGCAAAUGUUUCACGUGAGCACAUGAGUCUAAACUUUAGAUUUUUUUACUCCAGUGUCACCUUAGGGGCUCGGUACAUUUUGCCCUUGCAAACAGUCUGAUUUAUAUUUGUGAAUUUAAACUCCAUCUCAUCCACUCUAGACUACUGUGUACAGUUAAAGAAUUCCCCCAAGAAUAAAUAUUUUGUCAUUAAUUACUCACCCUUAUGUUGUUCCACACCCGUAUGACCUUCGUAUCUUCGCAACAAAAUUAAGAUAUUUUUGAUGAAAUCCGAGAUCAGCCAUAGACAGCAAUGCAACUAAAGGCCCAGGAAAAGCAGUAAUGACAUUGUAAAUUAGUCCAUGUGACUACAGUGGUUCAAUUUACAUUUUGUUAAAGCAACACCAUGUAGUUUCCAUGUAAAAAUGACUUACAGCUCCCCCAUGUGGUUGAAAAGCGCAACAGUGCCUGGUAUCAGGCAGGGGGAGGGGCGGGGCUGUGUUUCCUACCCUCCACCGCCACUUUCAGAGUGUGCUUGUAGCAGCUAGGAGGCUGCUCAGGUUGCAGCAACAGUACAAUUUGUCCAGUUAAAAGUUGUUCUAUCACUGAAAUAAUUUUAAAGACAUUAUGUAAAGGUAAAAAAACUACAUAGUGUUGCUUUAAGUGUAGUGAUGUUACGUUCGUGAACGAAUCGUUCUUUUUGAACGAAUCUUUUAGGUGAAUGAAUCGUUCUCUUUCACGCCAUCCAUUGACUCAUAUUUCUCGUUCACUGAAAUUUCCCUCCCCUCUUGAGGAGCACGGACAAAUGAAGCCCGUCCUUCUUUCUGCCUUCAAAGAGUGACAAAAGUACGAGCCAAUUGCAAUCGAGUAUGAGCUGUGGCCGAGCAUAUGAUUGGCUCAACGUACUGAAUGAAUACGCCCUUCACUGACCGAGCCCGCUGUUUUGAGUCUGAACGAAAAAGAGAGAGAUCGCGUUCUUAAACAAACUGAAUGAAGGGUACAUGUUACAACCUAAAGAAUGAGAGGGAUCGUACAGAAAGCGAGUGCAAUGCAAACAAUAUUGUGAAAGAAUUGUGUGGUUUUAUUUUAGUAAAGUUAUAGUAACCAUGUUUAGGCGGACUAUUACCUUAAUACAAAUGAUUAUCAAAGUAAUUACUGUAGUAAAAUGUGGUAUUUCUGUGGUAUUAAAUGUGUGGCUGGUUUUGUUCUGUUAGUGUGAGCCAAUCGUCUCUGAGUUUGGGCUGUUAGGAAGAAUAUUGGUUUGAGCUGCCGAACGAAUCCACCCUUUUACUGAACUUUAGUCAGUAAUCUGCGUCUAAACGAAGUCAAGAACGACAUGACCGAAAUUAUAUGAUUCGUGAACGAGGAUCUGAUGACUGACUGAACCAAAGGCAUGCCAAUCACUCACAGCACGCGAGUCUUAAUUUACAACAAAUCCAAAUUAGAUGUACGUGUGUCUUAAUAUAUUUUGUAGCUUGAUAAAUUAUGCUUAGUAUUUCACAAUUUGAGCUUUAUUAAAAACGAAUGAGUUUUUGUAAAAAGUCUUUCAUUGUCUUAUAAGUUAACACAUAAGGACACACAUCUUCGCCACCUAUUGGCGUAUUUAUGUAAAAUAAAGAAAUGGUCACUGAACGAAUCGGUGAACGAAUCAUUUUGGUGAAGGAACUGAAAAUGAACGAGUCACUUAAAUGAACGAAAAUUUCCAUCACUAGUUAAGUGACAAGAAUACUUUUUGUGUUUAUAAAGUCAGUCUGUAGGCAUGCGUUUAAGGGCGUCGUGCGUCAGCCAUAGACAUAUAUGUACAUAGAUGUCCCAUUAACGGCUCGCAUCUAUGGAUUGGCUCAGAAGGAUUUCAUUAAAAAUAUCUUAAUUUGUGUUCUAAAGAUAAACAAACAUCUUUAGGGGGUGAGAAAUAAAUUUUAAUGGCAAUUUUUGUUACUAAAUCCGAGAUCAGCCAUAUAGACAGCAAGGCAACUCAAGGCCCAGAAAAGGCAGUAAUGACAUUGUAAAUUAGUCCAUGUGACUACAGUGAUUUAAUUUACAUUUUAUGAAGUGACAAGAAUACUUUUUGUGCUCAUAAUGUCAGUCUGCAUGCAUGCGUUUAACGGCGUUGUGCGUUAGCCAUAGACAUAUAAGUACAUAGAUGUCCCAUUAACGUCUCGCAUCUAUGGAUUGGCUCAGAAAGCUCUCAGAUUUCAUUAAAAAUAUCUUAAUUUGUGUUCUGAAGAUAAACAAACGUCUUUAGGGGGUGAGAAAUACAUUUUAAUGGCAAAGUUGUAAUUCUUGGGCGAACUAACCCUAUGUAAAAUCUUUGGAUUACAUCAUGAAUUAAUAACACUUCUAUUUAAAUGCUUUUAAAAGCUUUGUCAAGCCAGCAUUGUAAUUUGUCUUGAUAAAGUUUACUUGUUUACAUUUUAAUUACACUGUAUAUUGUUACUUACAGUAUGUAUGUGUGUAUUUAUGCAUUUAUUUAUGUUUCAAGUGCAUAUUUGACACAGAACUACGCACAGGCUAAUUGUUUUCGUGUGCUUGUAACUGCGUCUGAGCCAUAUUACGCUUAUUUGUCGUAUGCUGAGCUUUUUAAAAGUAGUACUAAUUAAUUGGGGUAUAUUUUGUUGUCAAUGGGCUAACCAGUAAUGUCAAGGGACUAUAGAGUAACGUAUACAAAAAACAUUCGGAAAAUUGGGAAGGCAGUAACACAAAUGACCAGAAGGAAAACACUGCCUCGCUCUCACAGAUCUCAACGUAAUUCUGAGUAGUUUAUCUUGACAUUAACAUUAAUAUUUGGCAGCUUAUAUACGUGUAUCCUUUGACUCCAACUUUGUUGUGUAAUACUUGUCUGGAUUACUUUAUAUAUAGAUGUACCUCAUGUAUGUGUUCGUGAAGUUUAGAUAGCAAUAGAGAAAUAGCUGUUCAGCAAAGCACUAUAGCUGAAGACAAAAACAUUGUUUUCGAACAUUUUUCGAUAAUUAAGAUGUGUUUCAUGUAAAAAAAAAAAUCGCUUUCGAAUUCCCUUUCCAUUUCAAUGCACACAUCAAUUCAGUAGACGUCUCCGAUGAAAUGUUUGGGCUCAACCGGCAAGGGCCUUAAGUUAAGAUGAUGCUUUUUAUUUUCAUUUUUUUAAUUGAAUCAAAUAUCAGGCAUAUUGCACAAAGUAUAUUAGGAAAAAAUGCCACCAUGAAUCUUAAAAAGGCCUUUCUCUA